ACGUUUCACAAUUGAAGUUCAGUAGUUCACAAUUAGGCGAGGUGAUGAGGUAUUAAGAGUUCAACUCAUUUCUGACGAAACUGUGAACGUGACCUCGUUUACCCCAAAGCGCACUCGAGGUUUGGUUAAUUACUUGAAAAAGGCGAGUAAUUUCUGAUAGGCUUUUAAAAAUGGGUGAUGAUUGGGAUGAAGUGAUUUGCUCUGCUCCAUCUCAAAGCAGUGCUGGAGGUUCUUGGAAUAAUAACAAUAACCAAACAGGAAUAAAACCACCUGCUGGCAGAGGGAGAGGGGCAGCUGCAUUAGCCAGUCAAAUGAACAGUGUGAAGAUCUCAUCUGAUGAUGAAUGGGGAGUGGGAGUUAAAGCUGAAAAACCUGUUCCUAGCUCUAAUGGAUGGGAUGCUCCAGCCCCGAAGGCUGGCAAUUCCAGUGAUUGGGGAGCCCCAGCGUCAACUGCUCCUGCAAGUUCUGGUGGGUGGAAUGCUCCUGAAAGCACCUCACAAUUCAAGAAUGAUUUUGAUGACCAGCCUCGUGGUGGUGGAUGGGGCAGCUCUGGAGCAAAUGGAUUAAAAAGUACUGGAGGUGGCCGUCCAUGUCAUAAGUGUGGAGAAGAAGGUCACAUGGCAAGGGAGUGUCCAAAAGGUGGUGGUGGCGGUGGUGGCAGUCGGGCUUGUCACAAGUGUGGAGAAGAAGGACAUUUUUCCAGAGAGUGUCCACAAGCCGGUGGGGGUGGUGGUAGCGGUCCGCGGACUUGUCACAAAUGUGGGGAAGAGGGGCAUUUCUCAAGGGAAUGUCCACAAGGAGGCGGCGGCGGCGGCGGUGGUGGAAGUCGUGCUUGCCAUAAGUGUGGAGAAGAAGGACAUUUUUCCAGGGAAUGCCCACAAGGAGGAGGAGGGGGUGGUAGUGGACCUCGUACGUGUCACAAGUGUGGAGAAGAGGGUCAUGUGUCAAGGGAUUGUCCACAAGGAGGAGGUGGUGGUGACAGCAAGUGCUUCAAGUGUCACGAAGCUGGUCACACCUCGAAAGAUUGCCCGAACCCAUUCAGUGAAUUGACGGAAGACGGAAAGCCGCGUGAACAAUACAUUCCGGAAGCUGUGACGUGCGAUGAAAAGGAACUUUUUAAGGGCAUCGUCUGUGGGGAGCGCUUUAACAAUUUUGAUAAGGUCGUCCUCCAGGUUACUGGAAAAGAUGUACCUCAAUACAUAACAUCGUUCGAAGAAGCCGGCUUGCGCCCACUGUUGCUUCAGAACAUCAAGAAUUCUGGCUACAUAAAACCAACACCUGUUCAGAAAGCCUCGAUUGCAGUUAUUCUGGCCAAAAGAGAUUUGAUUGCUUGUGCUGUCACGGGCUCCGGCAAAACGGCGGCGUACUUAGUACCAGUUAUGAACAUAUUGUUAGAGCAAGGUGUUGCUGGUGCGUCCCACGGCAUGCUUCAAAAACCAGAAGUUGUAAUUGUUGCACCCACUCGUGAAUUGGCCAUUCAAAUUCACCGCGAGGCGUGUAAAUUCUCCUACAACUCGGUUUUGAAGUCCGUGAUUAUAUAUGGGGGAACUGUCGUGAACCAUCAGCGGUCAAAUAUUCAAGCUGGGUGCAAUAUUCUUGUCGCGACCGCUGGGCGACUCAAGGAUUUCCUCGAUCGUGGAAUAUUUGACUUCACAGCGGUCAAAUUUUUAAUCUUGGACGAAGCUGAUCGAAUGCUUGAUAUGGGUUUUGGUCCCGAUAUUGAAAAAAUGGUCAACCAUCCCACGAUGCCUCCAAAAGGGAUCCGUCGUGUUUGCAUGUUUUCAGCUACAUUCCCAGAUGAAGUACAAGCGUUGGCAGCGACUUACAUGGAAGACUAUAUAUUCGUCACAACGGGUAUUGUUGGUGGCACCAAUCCGGAUGUCGAACAGCUGUUUUUUCAGUGCUCGAAAAGAGAUAAGAGAACUAAGCUGAUGGAAGUUUUACAAGAUCUCGGUGAUGCCAAGACUAUCGUUUUUGUCGACAGCAAAAAGACCGCGGAUUUCGUCGCAGCAUUUUUGUGCAAUAAUAACUUACAAUCUACCAGCAUUCAUGGAGAUCGUCUUCAGAGCCAGCGCGAGCAAGCGCUUCGUGAUUUCAAGAAUGGUGUCAGGAAUAUUCUCGUGGCCACCAAUGUUGCUGCCCGUGGUUUAGAUAUUGCCGGUGUAAACUAUGUCGUAAACUAUGACUUGCCAACUGAUAUUGAAGAGUAUGUUCAUCGUGUUGGUCGAACGGGCCGCGUGGGAAACAUUGGAAAAUCAAUUAGUUUCUUUGACGAUGAAAAAGAUGGCCCUAACGUUGGAAAAUUUGUGUCGUUGUUAACUAAGUCCAACGCUGAUGUACCGCCAUUCAUGCAAGCGAUGGUCUCGGGAGUGAGUGGAAUGGGUUACGACUUCGGCGCACCUUCGAGUCAUGGGGGUUUUGCUAGUCGCGAUGUGCGCCGAUUUGGUGAUAAACCUGGUAUGGCUGCUGCUCUGCCUACUGAAGCUGAAGAGAGCUGGGAUUAACUCGAGGUCGUUAACUUGAUUGUGUCUUAUUUUGGAGUAUUCCAAAACCUAAAUUCUCAUCCAAGAAUAUCUUGGAAUUCCCUUGCAAUGUCUGUUUGAAAAAUUUGAUUACAUGUUUAUUUUGCUAACCCAGA